UUCCCACGAUGGAAAAGGAACUGGGAAAGCCUUACAGGGCGUAAGAAUACGUCGGAGUUACACGUCGCCACUAGCAGGUGCACAGCAUUGGGAAGUCUUACGUCCGAGGCGAGAGAUGGCAUAGCAUAUGGCAUUUUCUCUUUAAAACUAUAGGGGAAAAACGAAAAGGCACGUCCUCCAGAAAUCUUAGCGUGCGUUCGCUAGAAUAAUGUCACGAGUGGCUAUCAGCUGACUUGUUUACUCCCAGGUGUCCCACCACAUUGAACUCAAUCAGCAAAAUGUCAGGUACCUACACACCAGCUCCUGGUGGGCCAUUCUCGGCUCUUACCCCAAGCAUGUGGCCCCAGGACAUUUUGGCCAAGUACCAUCAAAAAGACUCUUCACAGCAGCCUGAACUCCAGUAUGAUGAAUUUGGCUUUAGGGUGGACACAGAGGAUGGUGGGGAGCCUAGGUCUUGGCUGGGCACUGAGGGCUCGCCCCAGCGUGAAGACCCCCAGCAGCGACUGCGUUGGCAAGCCCACCUGGAGUUCACCCAUAACCACACAGUAGGUGACCUGACCUGGGAUCUUAUUGAUCCUGUCCUUCCACGCUCUGAGCGUUUGCAUUCCUUGGUGCUAGGAGGAAUACCUCAUAGUAUGAGACCACAGCUUUGGAUGCGUCUGUCUGGAGCCCUUCAAAAGAAGAGGACCUCUGAGAUCUCUUACAGAGAAAUCAUUAAGAACAGCUCUAAUGAUGACACCACGGUUGCUAAACAGAUAGAGAAGGACUUGUUACGGACUAUGCCAACCAAUGCGUGUUUCAAUAGUCUGACCAGUGUUGGAGUGCCAAGGCUGAGACGUGUACUGAGAAGCCUAGCAUGGCUCUACCCUGACAUUGGGUACUGUCAGGGAACUGGCAUGGUUGUUUCCUGCCUGUUGCUCUUUCUCGAGGAGGAGGAUGCACUAUGGAUGAUGUGCGCCCUGAUCGAAGAUCUUCUUCCUCCAUCUUACUUUUCCUCCACUCUGCUGGGCGUUCAAACAGAUCAGAGAGUUCUCCGCCAACUUAUUGUUCAGUACCUGCCGGCCCUUGACCGCCUUUUGCAGGAGCAUGACAUCGAGUUGUCACUGAUCACACUGCACUGGUUCCUGACAUCAUUUGCCAGUGUGGUGGAUAUCCGUCUGCUCCUAAGAAUCUGGGAUCUGCUCUUCUAUGAAGGGUCACUUGUGCUUUUCCAGGUGACACUGGGCAUGCUCAAGAUUAAGGAGGAGGAACUUGUAUCAUCAGAGAACUCUGCAUCCAUUUUUAAUACUCUUUCGGAUUUGCCGAGCCAGCUGAGAGACGCACCUGCAGUUCUAGGGGAGGCUAUGAGGCUAGCAGGGACACUCUCCCAAGAAACUCUGGAAGCUCACAGACACAAGCACCUAGCCUACAUCCUAAAUGAACAGGCACAGCUCAGCAAUGGCAACAACACAACACUCAACACCAAUCUCAACAAGGUGGUGAGGAGGCAGUCGCUGCGCAGGAAAUCCACCCUGACCUCCCUGCUUUUUGGGGAGGAUGAGGCAGAAACUCUGAAGUCAAAGAACAUAAAGCAGACUGAGUUGGUGGCCUCCUUGCGAGAGGCCAUAUCCCGCAUUGCAGAGCACUUUCAUUGUCUGGAUCCACGCCACUCCAGCACUGAUCUGACUCCAGACUACUCCAUGGAGAGUCAUCAGCGGGAUCAUGAAAACUUUCUUGUGGUAUCUCGCAACCGACGGAGACGAGCAAAGGCUUUGCUGGACUUUGAGCGUCAUGAUGAUGAUGAACUGGGCUUUAGAAAGAAUGACAUCAUCACUAUUAUUUCGCAAAAGGACGAACAUUGCUGGGUUGGUGAACUCAACAGCCUUAGAGGCUGGUUUCCAGCAAAGUUUGUUGAGAUUCUUGAUGAAAGGAGCAAGGAGUACUCACUAGCAGGUGACGACUCUGUGACAGAGGCAGUGACAGACCUGGCCAGAGGGACUCUAUGUCCAGCUCUGAAGGCUAUCUUUCAGCAUGGUCUGAAGAAACCAUCUAUACUAGGAGGGCCAUGUCAUCCGUGGUUAUUCAUAGAGGAGGCGGCCAGCAGGGAGGUAGAGAGGGACUUUAAUUCUGUUUACUCAAGGCUAGUCCUGUGUAAAACCUACAGGUUAGAUGAAGAUGGAAAAGUACUAACGCCAGAGGAGCUGCUUUACAGAGCAGUGCAGUCAGUCAACAUGAGCCAUGAUGCAGCACAUGCCCAAAUGGAUGUCAAGUUUAGGUCUCUUGUGUGUGUUGGCCUGAAUGAGCAGGUGCUGCACUUAUGGUUGGAGGUGUUGUGCUCCAGCAUGGUGGCGGUAGAAAAAUGGUAUCACCCAUGGUCAUUCCUUCGUAGCCCCGGAUGGGUUCAAAUCAAGUGUGAGCUCAGGGUCCUGUCAAAGUUUGCCUUCAGUCUCUCCCAAGAUUGUGAGCUUCCCGACAAAAAAGAGAAGUCUGCUAUUCUGAAAGCAGAAGUUAUGGAAGUGCUGGUUCAGCAUCACCUCUUUAGUUGGGAUCUCUAGGAAAAGGAGCAGAAGCCACUGAAAGAGGGAGUGCAGGAUAUGUUGGUGAAACAUCACCUGUUCAGCUGGGACAUUGACGGAUAAAUGUGCAGCAAAAAUGGCUGAAACCUACGACUUGGUCUCAAAGUCAUAGCUUAGCCUUUUUUUUUUUUUUUUGUUCUUUAAAUGUUAAAAAAAGUGCAGAGACAAGAAAUAUAGACACUACUGUCAGCCUGCUAAAAGAAGUGACUACUUCACCAACCGGUUCACCCUCUCAUCCUGUGUCAGUUUUGGACAAUGGUAACACCCAAAUGACUGAAACUCAACUGGCUCCUGUUGGCUGAAGCAUGUGCACAUCAUUGUACAUAAUUUAAACUGAUCAAUACCCAGUACUGGAGGUUUCACUGCAAGGUUUAAAAUGCAUAUAUAUCUAUAUAAACAUCUUACACACUCCUGCCAUAGAAUAAGAGUUUGUACAUCUAGGACAACAUAUGACUGAACAGCAUUUUUUUUUUCAGUACCUGCAGCUCAUGUUGCAUGAGUGGGUGAGAAAUACAAUCUAUUCUUUUUAUCCGCUCAUAAUGUUGCCAUGACGAACACAAGUUUUUGUAACAUUAUCCUAAAUUCCAUCCUCAUCAUCCUUUAAAGAUUUGAGGCCAAACUAGAACAUUACUAAACACAAAGCUGUAAAGUUACAAACUAUUUUCAAGUGGAAUAUAUUUUACCUCAGUAUCACAAAUUCCACAAAAUACUUCAUUAAAUGUUGCACAUGCCAAGUAAAGCCUUGUGACUUUGUGAUAUAAAACUAUGGGUAUGUGUGCUACCUAAGCAGUGGUAGUAAAACGUCUGUCUUGUAUAAUAUAAUGUACAUGAAGCAGAUAAUUUGUGUUACACCUAUAUAUGUAUAAAAGAUAACUACACAUACAAGUCUAUACUUUGUAAUGUUUUUUUGUAUAUGCUUGUGACUAUAUGUACCAUCAAGGCAAUUCAAAGAUAGGACUUUUUAUCUGUAUUUUACAUACAGCUUUACAGACUGAUCUCUAGCUUUGACAUAAACAUCCAGAAAUAAACUGUAUCAAGUUCAGUGAGCUGUGUUACAUGUAAUGAAACAUGUUCAUUAAGACAAA